AUGCAUCUCUCUCAGCUUGCCCUCCCCUUGCUCCUCGCUGCGGGUGCUCACGCCCAAGGUGCCCAAGGCACCGGCAGAACAACCCGCUACUGGGAUUGCUGUAAGCCCUCAUGCGCCUGGCCCGGAAAGUCCAACGCCCUGCAACCAGUGCAAACUUGCAAUGCGCAGGACCAGCCCCUGAACGAUGGGGGCAACACGCGCUCCGGCUGCGACUCGGGCGGCAGCGCUUUCAUGUGCUCAAACCAAUCGCCCUGGGCGCUGAACGAGACACUCUCGUACGGCUGGGCGGCGGUUAGGAUCGCGGGCCAGAGUGAAUUCAACUGGUGCUGUGCGUGUUAUGAAUUGACUUUUACCAGUGGGCCGGUGGCGGGGAAGAAGAUGAUUGUGCAAGCGACGAAUACGGGCGGGGAUUUGGGGAGUAAUCAUUUUGAUAUUGCUAUCCCUGGUGGUGGUGUUGGUAUCUUCAAUGCCUGCACCCAACAAUACGGCGCCCCUCCAAACGGCUGGGGUGAGCGGUACGGCGGGAUCCGCUCGCGCAGCGAGUGCGACAGCUUCCCCGAGGCGCUCAAAGCCGGCUGCUACUGGCGUUUCGACUGGUUCCUGGGUGCCGACAACCCGGACGUCUCUUUCAAGCAGGUGGCUUGCCCGGCAGCCAUCACGGCCAAGAGCAAGUGCGUGCGACAGCGGGAUGUCAUCGACCAGACGCCGACUGGACCGGAGAUUGUCCCGACUUGGACUCCCUAA